GCUGAGGACCGUAAUCGCCAGAAUCACUGCUGCUUGGAUGGCACUGUCAAAUCGAAGCAUUGCGUUGUAGCAAGGAAGGUCGGACACUGCAGUGGUGUCAACUGUGACCAAAUCGCUUGUUUUCCUGGUGGCUGUUUAUCUGCCAUAUAGGAAGUGGAUUAGAAGAGAGUGACUGGGAGGAAACUAAAUCCUUCCUAUUGUUGUGUACUGAUCUGGAUUUAGGUGUUGAGCAAAGACAAACUGCCAGUGCAGAUCUGAAGCGGGGCACACAAUGGACACGAACAUGCGGAAAUUUACAGUUAGGAGAUGGUUUUCCGUCUACCUUCAGAAAAAGUCACGGUCCAAAAGCUCAAACCUCUGCAGAUUAGAGGACGAUGGCAUCCUGAAAGAGAUCGACAUCAGCCAGCACACCAAAGAGGGCUUUGAAAAGGCAGACCCCUCCCAGUUUGAGCUGCUGAAAGUGCUAGGCCAAGGUUCCUAUGGAAAGGUGUUCCUGGUGAGAAAAAUCAAAGGCUCUGACAGAGGACAGCUUUAUGCCAUGAAAGUGUUAAGGAAAGCAACGCUAAAAGUCCGGGAUCGGGUGCGGUCCAAAAUGGAGAGAGACAUUCUGGCUGAAGUCAACCACCCCUUCAUAGUCAAACUCCAUUAUGCCUUUCAGACGGAGGGGAAGCUGUAUCUGAUUCUAGACUUCCUCCGAGGCGGAGACCUCUUCACACGGCUUUCCAAAGAGGUGAUGUUUACUGAAGAGGAUGUGAAGUUCUAUCUGGCUGAGCUGGCCUUGGCCUUAGAUCACCUUCACAGUCUGGGCAUCAUCUACAGAGACCUCAAACCAGAGAAUAUUCUUCUUGAUGAGGAGGGCCACAUCAAGAUAACAGAUUUCGGGCUGAGUAAAGAGGCAAUAGACCAUGACAAGCGAGCGUACUCCUUCUGCGGGACGAUAGAGUAUAUGGCCCCUGAGGUGGUCAACAGAAGAGGACAUACACAGAGUGCUGACUGGUGGUCGUUUGGUGUCUUAAUGUUUGAAAUGCUGACAGGAUCUCUACCAUUUCAAGGCAAAGAUCGCAAGGAAACAAUGGCCCUCAUACUAAAGGCAAAACUUGGCAUGCCGCAAUUCUUAAGCCCAGAGGUGCAAAGUUUAAUACGGGCCCUCUUCAAAAGAAAUCCUACCAAUAGAUUAGGUGCUGGACCAGAUGGAGUUGAGGAGAUUAAAAGGCAUAAUUUCUUUGGAAAUAUAGAUUGGAAUAAACUUUACAGAAGAGAGAUCAAGCCUCCAUUCAAACCAGCAGUGGGCAGGCCAGAAGACACCUUCCACUUUGACCCUGAAUUCACCUCCCGCACACCAACAGACUCGCCGGGCAUCCCUCCCAGUGCCAACACACACCAGCUCUUCAGAGGGUUCAGCUUUGUGGCCACAAAUCUGGACCAGGAGCAGUCCAUUGCUGAAAUACGGCAGAACUCAACUGUCAACACUAUUGUCCAACAACUUCAUGGGACCAACAUCCAUUUCACUGAUGGGUAUGAGAUGAAGGAGGAUGUGGGCUUGGGGGCGUACUCCGUCUGCAAACGCUGCAUCCACAAAAUCACCAGUGUUGAAUAUGCUGUCAAAAUCAUCGACAGAGCUAAAAAAGAUCCAUCUGAGGAAAUUGAGAUUCUGUUGAGAUAUGGGCAUCAUCCAAACAUUAUCACGCUGAAGGAUGUCUAUGACGAUGGGAAGUAUGUGUACCUUGUGAUGGAGCUGAUGAGAGGUGGAGAGCUGCUGGACAGAAUCCUCCAUCAGAAGAGUUUCUCUGAGCGAGAGACCUCUGCUGUUCUCUGCACUAUUACCAAGACAAUGGAGUACCUUCACUCACAGGGGGUUGUACAUCGUGACCUGAAACCAAGCAACAUCCUCUAUGUGGAUGAAACGGGAGAUCCGGAAUCGAUCCGAAUAUGUGAUUUUGGGUUCGCCAAACAAUUAAGGGCAGAAAACGGUCUUCUCAUGACGCCCUGUUACACAGCUAACUUUGUGGCUCCAGAGGUCCUGAAGAAGCAGGGGUAUGAUGCUGCUUGUGACAUCUGGAGUUUGGGAAUCCUACUCUACACUAUGCUCGCAGGCUUCACCCCUUUUGCCAAUGGUCCUGAUGACACCCCGGAGGAAAUACUGGCUCGCAUUGGUAGCGGAAAAUAUGCCCUCAUCGGAGGAAACUGGGAUACGGUUUCUAAUGCUGCAAAGGACAUUGUGACUAAGAUGCUCCAUGUGGAUCCACACCAACGGCUGACGGCCCCCCAGGUUCUCAGACACCAGUGGAUAGUCAACCGAGAACAGCUGUCUCAGAGUCAGCUCAUCAGACAGGAUAUACAGCUUGUGAAGGGAGCAAUGGCUGCAACAUACUUGGCUUUGAAUCGUUCGCCUCUGGCUCCAAAGCUGGAGCCUGUGCAGUGUUCAAGUUUGGCGCAGAGAAGAGGAAUGAAGAGACUCACAUCCACUUGUUUAUAGCACCGUCAUAGAUGAUUCAGGGAAAGAGCUUGAAAAGGGGUCAAAGUGCAAUGACUCAUCAGAAACUGGUUUAAGUGCCCGUCCAAAGUACCAGGAAGUCUACAGUAGUGGGAGCAAGGAGAAGCAACUUAUCAGAAGAAGAAAAAAAUUGCGGGGGAGAAGAUGCAUCAGGUUGUUGCACUAAGAAAUACAUCUUUACGGAUUUUAGAUGCACAAGAAACAAAUGGUGGCAUCAAAGACAAACCUGAAUGAUGUUCAAAUGUUCAUUGGUAUUGAAGAAAUGUAAUGUUCAUAUUUUAUUCAUUCAUAUUUGCCUUUUCCUUUAGGUGCCAUCUGCUACUGUUUAAUUAUUUGACACCUUUGUAUUAUGUAGAGUAUGUUUCAUAUUAUAUUAUCUAGGAUACCAAGUAAUCUUAUACAACCUGGAGUUGACACUAUCAUAAAGGCUGUAACAGAGAAGUUGAGAACAGUUUAUAACUACAUGAUGACAAUUUUACGGGAUUUUAUCAACAUCAGACAACAUCUGUAUUUUUCCCUGUGACAUGUUGGAAUGUUACUUUUAUAGGUCUUCAUUUGGGAGAAUAAUUGCUGACAGAUUGUUGGCAGUGUAAAUGUUCAGUUACAGCUGCUAAGGAUACGUUGGUACAUUUUGUAACAAUCCAGAAAUCCACAGGUAGAAGUAGACAUUUAAAAUACUGAAAUAGCUGAAUGAGCACAAAUAUUAGAUGUAUGCAUCUGUCUUUGAUUUUCAGGUUGAUUCAUAAGGUUAGACAUACUGUAGUGUACAAUAUUUAUUUUCUGUAGAUCAAAAAUGCAAUACGCUAUUGUUUAAAAAAAUCUAGUGAGCAUUAUGUUGGAUGUUUGUUUUUGGAGGGUUUACUGAAAACAGACCCAUUUAUAAAUUAUAAAUGCAAGUUAUAUUUAUUUUAAAUGUGACUUAUUUAAGUUAUUUGAUCAAACAAAUGUAUUUGUUUCUACAUUAUCCAUUAUUAAUGUCUAUUUAUUUUAUUGUUAAUACACAACAGAUUGAAGUGUUUUAUACCUGAAGUGUU